AUGGCCACCACGGUGACCUGCACCCGUUUCACCGACGAGUACCAGCUAUACGAGGAUAUUGGCAAGGGGGCUUUCUCUGUGGUCCGACGCUGUGUCAAGCUCUGUACCGGCCAUGAAUAUGCAGCCAAGAUCAUUAAUACCAAGAAGCUGUCAGCCAGAGAUCACCAGAAACUGGAGAGAGAGGCUCGGAUCUGCCGCCUGCUGAAGCAUUCCAACAUUGUACGUCUCCAUGACAGCAUCUCUGAAGAAGGCUUCCACUACCUGGUCUUCGAUCUGGUCACUGGUGGGGAACUCUUUGAGGACAUCGUGGCACGAGAGUACUACAGCGAAGCAGAUGCCAGUCACUGCAUCCAGCAGAUCCUCGAGGCUGUUCUCCAUUGUCACCAAAUGGGGGUCGUCCACAGAGACCUCAAGCCUGAGAACCUGCUUCUGGCCAGCAAAUGCAAAGGGGCCGCAGUGAAACUGGCAGACUUCGGCCUGGCCAUCGAGGUGCAGGGAGACCAGCAGGCGUGGUUUGGAUUUGCGGGAACGCCGGGCUACCUGUCCCCUGAGGUCCUUCGGAAGGAGGCGUACGGCAAGCCUGUGGACAUCUGGGCAUGUGGGGUGAUCCUGUACAUCCUGCUGGUGGGCUACCCACCUUUCUGGGAUGAGGACCAGCACAAGCUAUACCAGCAGAUCAAGGCUGGGGCCUAUGACUUCCCAUCCCCUGAGUGGGACACCGUCACUCCUGAAGCCAAAAACCUCAUCAACCAGAUGUUGACCAUCAACCCUGCCAAACGCAUCACGGCCCAUGAGGCCCUGAAGCAUCCAUGGGUCUGCCAACGCUCCACGGUGGCCUCUAUGAUGCACAGACAGGAGACUGUGGAAUGCCUGAAGAAGUUCAAUGCCAGGAGGAAGCUCAAGGGAGCCAUCCUCACCACUAUGUUGGCCACACGGAAUUUCUCAGUGGGCAGACAGACCACCGCUCCGGCCACAAUGUCCACCGCGGCCUCCGGCACCACCAUGGGGCUGGUGGAACAAGCCAAGAGUUUACUCAACAAGAAAGCAGAUGGAGUCAAGCCACAGACAAACAGCACCAAAAACAGCUCGGCCAUCACCAGCCCCAAAGGAUCCCUCCCUCCUGCCGCCCUGGAGCCUCAAACCACCGUUAUCCAUAACCCAGUGGACGGGAUUAAGGAGUCUUCCGACAGCACCAACACAACCAUAGAGGAUGAAGAUGCCAAAGCCCCCAGGGUCCCUGAUGUCCUGAGCUUGGUGAGGAGGGGCUCAGGAGCCCCAGAAGCCGAGGGCCCCCUGUCCUGCCCAUCUCCAGUUCCCAUUAGCCCCCUUCCAGCCCCGUCCCCCAGGAUCUCUGACAUCCUGAACUCGGUGAGAAGGGGCUGUGGAACCCCAGAAGCCGAGGGACCCCUAUCAGUGGGGCCCCCGCCCUGCUUGUCUCCGGGUCUCCUAGGCCCCCUGCCCACCCCGUCCCCCAGGAUCUCUGACAUCCUGAACUCAGUGAGGCGGGGCUCAGGGACCCCAGAAGCUGAGGGCCUCCCACCAGUGGGCCCCCCACCCUGCCCAUCUCCGACUCUCCCUGGCCCCUUGCCCACCCCAUCCCGGAAGCAGGAAAUCAUCAAGACCACAGAGCAGCUCAUUGAGGCAGUCAACAACGGCGACUUUGAGGCCUAUGCGAAAAUCUGUGACCCAGGCCUGACCUCAUUUGAGCCUGAAGCUCUGGGCAACCUAGUCGAAGGGAUGGAUUUCCACAGAUUCUACUUCGAGAACCUGCUGGCCAAGAACAGCAAGCCGAUCCACACCACCAUCCUGAACCCGCACGUGCACGUCAUUGGUGAGGAUGCAGCCUGCAUCGCCUACAUCCGCCUCACACAGUACAUCGAUGGCCAAGGCCGGCCUCGUACCAGCCAGUCCGAGGAGACCCGCGUGUGGCACCGCCGCGAUGGCAAGUGGCAGAACGUACAUUUCCACUGCUCGGGCGCUCCAGUGGCCCCACUGCAGUGA